AUGGCGAAGAAGGGAGGAGUUCAGCAGCUUCAGACGGAAAUCAAUACGGACGAUGAGUUUGAAAAAUUCCUCGAACGUGAUGGUUUGCUCGUGAUGGACGUGUACACGGAAUGGUGCGGCCCUUGCGUUGGCAUGAUCGGCAGCCUGAAGAAAAUCAAGCUCGAGCUGGGUGGCGACAACCUGCAGCUGGCGAUUUGUAAGACGGAUGAAAUAACGGCACUGAAACGAUUCCGGAACAAAAGCGAACCGACGUGGCUCUUUGCAUCGCACGGUAAAAUAGUGAAUCUUAUGUUCGGUACCAAUGUGCCGAAGCUUAUCAACAUGAUCACCGAGGAGCUGGACACGGAGCUGAAGUGUCGGGCCGGCGAACUCGAGCGCAACUACUUCGAGCUGUGGGAGCUGACGCCGGAAGAGCAGGAGCGGGAAGACGUGCGGCAGGAGCGCGAGGAGGAGGUGCAGCGCAUCGAGAAGGAGGCGGCCGCCAAGAAGCGGCUCGACUACAUCACGCACGUGACGGACGAGAUUAUGGCGAACAUACCGGACAUGGGCAUCACGCUGUUUAUGCCGCACGUGCACAAGGACGUGUUCAAGAAGCUGCACGAUCACGCCGAGAAGCACGAUCUGCAUAUGAAGGAGAAGCGGCUGGUGCACCUGAACCCGAAGAUGCUGGAAGUGCUGCACUUCGAGUGCGAGAACCGGCUGGCGGACGAUGUGUUCGAGCAGAUCUACUACAAGGACAUUCAGGCGUACGUGUGGAAGCUGAACGAGGGUGAAACGCGUGCCCCGGAGGAGGUGAUCGGGGCGUUCGUGCAGAUUAUCACCGAACCGGUCGAGGUGCUGGACGCGGAUGGCAACGUGGAGAAGGUGAUUCCGCGCAUGAUCGAGCCACUCGAGAUGCUGUACAACGCGAACGAUGGCACGUGGAAGAUGGUUACGAAGUUGCCACCACAAAAGAGUGCUAGCUCGAUUGCGACGGCCACCUCGUCCGAUUCGUCACAGAACGUGUCGAAAGAGACGUUCGAUGAGGACACAUGCCCGAAGCUGAUCAUACCGGGCGUGUGGACUCCGACAAAUCGCCGUGCGAAUGCGGCACUGUUCUAUCUCCUCUUCAGGCAUCUGACGGAGCAAUUUCUACCACCGGAUCCGAUCCCGGAGCCACCCCACAUCUGCAUGGUGUUUGACGCGUACAAGAAGCGUGACGUGCUGGAGGUGGCCAUGAACGACAAAUACAAAACGCAGGUUAUGGCGUUCGGGUACUUCACGACCGGCGACCCCAAAACGGCCGAACUGAUCGCCAAAACCACCGAACGCUACAUGACGAAGAAGCCCAACGUGAACGACAAGCUGAUCAUGAAGGUGUCGAAGGCGACCAGCCACGCAAUGCUUGCGCUAACCGCGAUGGGACCGUGCUACGUCAGCCAGAACGCGGUCGAGGGUCAGGAGGAGUGUGCGGCCCUUUUCCCACCGAACUACAACUUCGUGGAGGAGGAGAACGAAACGGGCGAGGUGGAGAAAAAGAAGCAUAAGAAGAAACGUCGUGGAAAGAAGAGCGACAGCUCGGUGUCGUCGGCGGUCGACUCUGCCGUCUCGACGACGCCGUCCGCCGAACCGGGUGCCGAUGGGCAGAGCGAGCUGGCAACGAUCGGCGAAGGCUCGACGGGUGAGGAAGGUGAGACCACCUCGUCAUCACAGAACUCACCGGAGAAAACGGGCGGUGCCGACGAUGAUGGUGGGGCAAACUAA